AUGGCCGAACAUAAGGAGAGCGCUGUGGAUGCUGAGAAGCAGAAUGCCACCACACAACAAUCAAACGAAACGACCGACCCGAACAUCGUCUCCUGGGAUGGCGAAGAUGACCCACAGAAUCCAAUGAACUGGACAUCCAAAGCCAAAAUCACCAACUGCGGCGCCAUCAUCUUCCUCACGCUGUUGACACCACUGGCCUCCUCCAUGUUCGCACCUGGCGUCCCCGAGGUCUUGAGCGACUUCAAAGAGACAUCUGUCACACUUGCCGCCUUCGUCGUCUCUGUCUUCCUGCUCGGGUUUGCUAUAGGCCCGCUGUUGAUCUCACCAUUGAGUGAGAUAUAUGGUCGUCGUCCUAUAUACAUGGUCUGCAACGUGGGCUUCAUCAUCUUCACUGUCGCGUGUGCGGUGGCUCAAUCCAUGCCUCAACUCAUAGUGUUUCGAUUCCUGUCUGGAUGCUUUGGAGUUUGCCCUGUGACUCUCGGUGGUGCUAGUAUUGCGGAUAUGAUCCCGCAGGAGAAGAGAGGUGGUGCGAUGGCUUUGUAUGCUAUAGGACCGUUGUUAGGACCGGUCAUAGGCCCCGUGGCGGGCGGAUUCUUAGCCAGUGCUGCAGGUUGGCAAUGGACCUUCUGGUUGAUCACCAUCGCCUAUGGUGUCGCCACCAUUAUACACGCCCUCGUCUGCAAAGAAACGUUCGCACCCACAAUUCUUCAACCCAAGACCACAAAGCUGCAAAAGGAAACAAACAACAACGAGCUUGGCUCAAAGCUAGAUGAUGGUCUCUCUAAAGAAGAACGCAUGUCGCGUGCGCUUGUCCGACCCUUCAAGAUGCUCUUCUUCUCACCUAUCGUCUUCUUGAUGUCUCUCUACGUCGCUGUGGUGUACGGCAUCUUGUACCUUCUCUUCACGACUUUUACCUUUGUCUACGAAGAACACUAUCACUUCUCAAGCUCCACCGUCGGAUUGAGUUAUAUCGGCAGCGGUAUCCGAAUGUUCAUCGGUCUCAUCGUCACCGGCAGCUCUUCCGAUAAAAUUCUCAAACGCCUUACCGCUACUAACAAUGGCAAAUCGAAGCCAGAAUUCCGCCUGUCGCCCCUCAUCUUCCUCGGUGUCUUUAUGCCCAUUGGUCUUUUCAUCUAUGGGUGGACUGCUCAGAACCAUGUUCAGUGGGCUGUUCCCAUGUUGGACACGCUCUUCUUCGGCAUCGGCUUGAUCUCUUGUUUGAUCUGCAUUCAGACCUACUUGAUCGACGCAUUUACCCUGCAUGCGGCGUCUGCUAUGGCUGCCAACACUCUUCUGCGAUCUAUUCUCGGUGGACUUCUUCCUCUGGCGGGCCUGGAUAUGUAUGAUGCGUUGGGGUUGGGCUGGGGAAACAGCUUGAUUGGCUUCGUUGCUUUUGCGAUGUUGCCCAUCCCUGUGGCUUUCUACUUCUAUGGUGAAAAGAUCAGGAACAGGUUCCCUGUCAAGCUUUAA